AUGUCCACACCCGUCGGCAUUGAUAAAACAGAUAUACAAAAAUUGUUGCUAGAACUGCUUGACGACGAUGCACAAACGGUUCAUCCACAAAAUACUACAACAAUUAAAACACCAAUGACUGUCUCUCAUAUAUACAAUAAUCAUCAGCGUAAAUGUAAAUAUCGAUCACGAACACCGAAAACUAAUCAUAAUGCAACAAAAUUAAGUCCAAUCAACUUUUAUUCCGUUCUUUAUUCACCAUACAAUAGUAAACGUGCAAAGAGUGCUGAUACUAGUCUGCAUUAUCCAUCGAAAACAGCAAAUCUCUUCAAUAACUAUCAACGAUUAACAAAAUACAAAAUUAAUUUACAACAGGAUAUAACAUAUCAAUAUUCAAGAAAAUUAAAUACUAAAAAUUCUAUAACCAGUCAAAAAUUGAGAAAAUUCAACAACAAUGAUGUUAAUGAUUGUAUGUAUCGAGAAAAUACAACAAUUGGACGUAAGAAGAAAAAAGGCACACUAUCAACAACUAUAUUGAUAAUCGAUCCAACUAUCAGAGUUCAGAAACGAAAUGUUUUGCCAACUAGAAGUGGGCGAGAACAACACGUCAACAAAUUUCUCUUAUAG